UCGGGAGCGCCCGGGAGGAGCCGAGGAGAGCGUCUCCCCCAGUCCCUCCCAGUGCUCCCAGUAUCCCCGGGCUGGGGGCGGGGCCAUGGUGGCGCUGCCGCUGCCCCUCCCCCUCCUGCUGCUGGCCGGGGUGGCCGAGGGGACCCCGCGGGGGACAGAGGGGACCGAGGGGACAGCGCUGGACCUGGGCCGCUGUCGCUUCGCUCUGGGCAUGGAGGACGGCACCAUCCCCGACUUUCGCCUCUCGGCCUCCAGCGCCUGGUCCGACUCCACCGCCGCCCGCCACGGCCGGCUGGGCCGCAGCGACGGGGACGGCGCCUGGUGCCCGGCGGGGCCGGUGUUCCCGGCCGAGCAGGAGUUCCUGGAGGUGGACCUGGGCCGGCUGCACCUGGUGACGCUGGUGGGGACGCAGGGACGCCACGCGGGGGGACACGGCCGCGAGUUCGCCCGGCAGUACCGGCUGCGCUACAGCCGCGACCGGCGCCGCUGGCUGCGCUGGAGGGACCGCUGGGGAGCCGAGGUGAUCGGUGGCAACGAGGACCCCGAGGGGGUGGUGCUGAAGGACCUGUCCCCGGCGCCGGUGGCCCGGGCGCUCCGGGUGUACCCGCGGGCGCCGCGCGCCAUGAGCGUCUGCCUGCGCCUCGAGCUCUACGGCUGUCCUUGGGAGGGUGAGUGCCACCUCCGUGUCACCUCCCUGUCACCCCUGAGUCACCCCACUGGUGGCCCUGAAGGGCUGGUGGUGGCCCGUGGUGGUGUCCUUCACCCAACAGCCCUUGGUGGUGGCCCUGGGGCACCCAGUGCCCUGCACGCUGCUGCUCUCCCCGGCCGAGCUGCUCCUCCCGGGGGGGCUCCUGUGCCUGCCCCGCCCCCCCCCGGCGCCCCCCAAAACCGAGAGCCCCCGAGCGGCCAUCGCGCCCGGCCCCGCCCCCCCGCCACGCCCGCGGCCACGCCCACCGCGCAGCCGGACGUGCGGGCGCUGCGGCGGCAGCAGCGCAUGAUCAAGAACCGCGAGUCGGCGAGCGCGUCGCGGCGGCGCCGCAAGGAAUACCUGCAGCACCUGGAGCGGCGGCUGCACCUGGCGCUGGCCGACAACGAGCGCCUGCGCCGCGACAACGGCGCCCUCCGCAGGCGCCUGCAGGAGCUGCGGCCACAGCAACGAGCGCCUGCGCCGCGACAACGGCGCCCUCCGGCGGCGCCUGCAGGAGCUGCGGCCCCAGAGCCCGCCGCCCCUCCCCCCCGCGCGGCUGGCGUGCCUGGGGGCGCUGCUGCUGCUCACCUGGUACCUGGCGCCGCUCAGCCCCCCCCCGGGCGCCGCCCCUCCCCCUCCCCCCCGCCCCUCCCCCGCGCGGGGGGCGGCGCCUCCUGGGGGCGGGGCCGGAGCCGGAGCCCCUCCCCCCGCAGCUCGGGGACCCCCCCGGGAUUUGGGGACCCCCCCCCGGAGCCGCGGCCCCGCCCCCGCGGGCCCUUCAGGAAUUCCUCGCUGUCCUGGGGCCCCUCCCCCCCCCCCGAGUGCCGCGCCUUCAACCGCAGCGAGAGCCUCAGGCUGGCAGACGAGCUCCGGGGCUGGGUCCGGAGGCACCAAACCCAGAAGGAGCGCGGGACCCCCGGGGGGCCCCCCCAGAGCCCCCCCCGCGGCCAGUUUCAGGGUUCGCCCCCCUGGAAGGGCCCGGGGGGGGCGGGGCUGCUCCCGGCCACGCCCCCUCGAGCUGAGAGGCUCCCCCCGGGGCAGCUGCAGCUCUACCACGGCCCCGACGCCCCCGAACCCCGAAUCCUGGCGGCCAUCGAGCGCAGGGACGACACCUUCUACGUGGUGUCCUUCCGCAGGGACCAUCUGCUCCUCCCAGCCCGGAGCCACAACAAAACCUCCCGGCCCAAAAUGUCCCUGGUGAUGCCGGCAGCGGCUCUGAACGAGUCGUCGGGCGCGGCGCAGCCGAUGAUGCAGGUGGACUGCGAGGUGAUGGACACGCGCGUCAUCCAUGUGCGCCGCCGCCGGGCCGCGCCCCCCGCGCGGGCCACGCCCCCCGCCCGGGCCACGCCCACCCGCAGACCCCCGCCCCGGCACCCCGGGGGGAGGCUGAGCCCGGGACACGCCCGCUUCCGGGAAAAGGACACGCCCCCUUCUGAAACAGGUGGAAGCCACGCCCCCUGAAAUGGAAUCGUUUAAGCCACGCCCCCUUUUAACUGCAUGUCUGAGGCCACGCCCCUUCGAACACAUGUUUGGGGCCACGCCCCCUUCUAGCCCACAUGACAUUAUUGAGGCCACGCCCCUUAAAACCACUGGAUUGAGGCCACGCCCCCCUAGAAAUUACUUAAGGCCACGCCCCCUUGGUUUUAAGUGUUUAAGCCACGCCCCAUUUAAGCCACAGCUUUGAGACCACGCCCCCUUAUAAAUUUGCAUUUUAGAACCACGCCCCUUUCAGAUUUGGCAUUUGAGCCAUGCCCACUUAGAAAUUUGCAUUUUAGAAGCCAUGCCCCCUUCAGAUUGGGAGUUUAAGCCACGCCCCCUUACAACCACACGUUUGAGGCCACCCCCCCAAUACACUUCAGCUUGAGGCCACGCCCCCGUAGGAUUCCGGUGGUUUAGGCCACGCCCCACGCCUAAAGAUGGUUCAGGGCCACGCCCCCAAUGAUUUGCAUACACAAGCCACACCCUUUAAAAUGUUUAUUCAACUGUGUGGGGCCUUUAAGCCCCGCCCACUUCUGCAUCAGGCCACGCCCCCUCCUUAAAACCCGCGGGUUUGAGGCCACGCCCCUCAAGGGAACGGAACAAGUCACGCCUACCGCAAAGCCACACCCCUUGGCUGUGUGUGGGCGUGGUUAUUUCCGAGGCCACGCCUCUUCUUAAAGGGGCCGCGCCCUUUUCUGCCCCCGCCCCUCCCCCGGCCGCGUUUUUUACCCAAAUCAAUAAAAAAAGGGGGGAAAUCCC